UGGUUUUGCAUUCAGUUGUCAUUGAAGUGAAGGCUAUAACUGUUUGAACGCACUAUUCGUUUGCCAUAACUUCAUAACAAAAUACAAUCGCUUUAAUUGAUCCCUCAUUUGUCCGAUCACUACAUCUGUGUUGACAUGAGUUUCAAAAACAAUCGUUUUGACCGAUUCUCGCCAUUAGAUCCGGAGUCAAGACUACAAGACUUCCGCAAACGCUUCGACCAGUUGUCGCAAAACCCGAACCAAAUGUUUAGAGACUCUUCGCUCGGCAAUCGGUGGUCAGACCGACUCAAUGAUCACCCAAUCUACAAAAACUUUAAUAACAAUUCCAAGAGAUCUGAGACCGAAGAGGAAGAAGGGGUUCCUAUUCAAGUAGUUCACGAGAAAUCCGAUGAUAUGUCUAAUCCCGAGGCCAACGAGAGGAAGAGUGAAUCCAUGUCUUCGUCUCAAAGUCAUAAAAGCAGUGAUACAUCUCAUAGCAGUGGAAGCGCUAGAAGUGCUGGAAGUGUUUUCCAUUCGAGUCCAAUGGACUCGAGUUCAGGACAAGCGUCUGGAGUACAGCCGAGAGUACAUCACAUUCCCAUUAGUGUUGAGCCCAGAAACGGGUCCACGAGUUCUGGUUAUACCUCUGAAUCCAAUGGUCCGAAUCCUCAAUCGUUGAGUCGUUCGUCGAGUCAUUCGUCGAGUCAUUCGAGUGCCAACAGCGCCAGCACUGGACACACAAAGGCUGACAACCGUUCGCCCAGUCCUGCGAAGAGCGUGUCGUCGGAGCACUCGAACGCUUCAACUGAUAGCAAACCGCGUGUCCAUCAGAUCGGAGUCACAAUAGAAACCAACGCAAAGCCCAAUGGGAAUGGUUUGUCACAAACCACUGACUCCUCAAAGAAACAAAAGUCCGGUCCUUUUGUCACACGAAUACCAGUCACACAACCGACUGAAACUCUAUCCGACUCUCAGUCCACCGACAAAUGUGACCAAAAGGUUGUCGUAAAAGUGAAUCCAUUGGAAUCAAUUCACAACACCUUAAGUGAUCUCAAGAAGUAUGAGUCGGAAGUGAAUGGAUUUAAUGGAACGGCUAAUGAUAAGAAGUAUAAAUAUUUGGAUGAGAUGUUGACGCGAUGUAUGAUUAAGUUGGACACCAUUGAGACCGACGGCAACGAAGAAGUGAGAAAAGCUCGUAAAGGAGCCGUCAUUGCUGUUAAUAAAUGUAUCACUUUAUUGGAAAGUAAAGUGUUUGAUAACAACAACAAGAGUGAAAAUUCCGGUCCUAUUAAUGGUAAUGAAUCAACGGUGGAACCGAUGGAAGUGUCUUCCACUCCAGAGCCCACAUCUGGUGAGACGAACCAAAGCUCGCAUUUGAAGUCAGAGGCAACAGAAGCGCCUGUAAUAGUAAAUGACGGCAAAAUUCAAGUGAAAUUAUACAGACUUCGCGUUUAUAAGCGAUUAAUUCAAAGCAAACCAUUGAAAGGCAAAGUCGUGGUCAUUACCGGCGCUUCUUCGGGACUCGGAACAGCUUUGGCUCAAGUCUUAUACAGAUCUGGCGCUCGACUUAUUCUCUCUUCGCGAAGAGUAGACCAAUUGAAUGAAGUGAAAGAGCGGCUCAUCUCAAGUAACCAAUUGAGUGAUGACUUGUUUGAGCCCAAAGUCUUAGCACUGGAUCUCUCGAAACUUGAAGACAUGGAAUCGUACGCCGAGGAAGCGCUCAGUUUUUACGGAAGCGUUGAUGUGAUUAUCAAUAACGGAGGCAUCAGUUAUAGAGGAAGUGUUAUCGACACUACCGUCGAUGUCGACCGUCAAGUAAUGCUCGUUAACUAUUUCGGACAAUUGGCUCUCAUUAAAGCAUUUCUUCCGUCAAUGAUUGCAAGAAAUAUGGGCCAAAUAGUGGUCAUUAGCAGCAUUCAGGGCCAGUUAGCCCUCCCUUAUAGGUCCGCAUAUACCGCCUCUAAACACGCUCUCCAAGCGUUUUGCGAUAGUCUUCGCGCAGAACUGUUUGCAACUGAUGUCUCCGUUUUGGUCAUAAGUCCCGGUUAUAUAAAAACCAAUCUCUCGAUGAAUGCCAUAACAGGUUCGGGCGAUACAUACGGUCAGAUGGAUAAGACCACAGCAUCGGGCGAUGAACCCGAAGAUGUGGCCAAACGUAUUCUCAUGGCUAUCAUUAGGAAAGACAAACAAUUACUUGUGUCUCCAUUACUCCCAAAGAUUGCCAUUUUGUUGAGAUUUAUAUUUCCAAACAUUUAUUUCUAUUUAAUGAAAAAGAGGGCCAAAAAAGAGACCAAAAAUUGAUUGAAUGUUAUGAAUACA